AUGCCGGAAAAUUGGGCCAGGAAGACUGUGAAGGAACUUAAGAGCCAAUGCGAAGCGAGGGGUAUUCCAAAUCACGGAAAUAAGGGAGAGUUGGUCAACCGUCUUGAGAAGCAUGAAAAAGACGAAGAGUGGGCAAAAAUGGGAAUGCCUUCCACACCAUCGAGCAUGAUAGAAGAGCAGUGUGAUGCAGUUUUAGUUACUAGGGCGGAUAUCGGGGAUGACAACGAGAUGAUCGAGUCGGCGAAAAGGGCCUUCCAAGAUGGCCUCGAGAACAACCAACUUGAGAUCGAUUAUGAUAUGGUACGAGUUACUGUUGGGAACCAGGCUGGACUCGGCCUUGCAAGUCUGCCCAGGAGAAUGGGUGUUCUGGAAUCCAAGAUUGUGA